AUGAAAUAAAUAUAAGAGAAGACAUAUAAAGAGUUUGCUGAUAUUAAACAUCACGUUGGUACAUUGCAGAGUCAAUAACUCUCUGAUGAAGAACUAUCGCUUCUUUAUGAGAGAUUGAAAUAUCAAUUUACGAAUCUUAAUUAGCAAGUUGCAGUUACUUAAACUCUGAAACCAAGUAGUGAGCCAUAACCAAUUCAUAAGAGAUAAAAAAUAAAAAGAGAUAAACCAUUGAUCCAAUAGUAAGGGAAAUCAAUAGCACUUCCAAAGAUUUUGAAGCAACCAUCUACAGAAUAGAGACCAAAAAAAAAUAAAGGGAAGCUUAAAUCUGCCCAUAUUUAUUAGGCUAAUAUCCUAAAUAGAGAAUUAAGAUUAAACCCAUUUUCAGAUUUGCCAACAAUAUUGGAUGAUGAUCUGAAUAAAGGAGUUAGCAAUCUAAUAUAAUCUGGUUUGAUACCAAGAGAUGUGGAUGUAGGUCCAGCUUUCAAGAGAGGGGAGGAAUUGCUUUCUAUAUCGCAAGUGUAAGUUUAGAACCCUACAGAGAAAAGCAAGUAUUAUAACACAGGAUUGUCUGAAAAUCUAUCUAAAUAUAAGGUUGCUCCAUAAAAGCAGGCAGCUAAAUAGAUUGCAGAUUAUUCAUCUUCUUUUGUUGAGAGGCAAUCUGUUCCAAGAGAAAAAUUACAGUAAACCAAAAUUGUAAGAAAAGCAAAGUACAUAAUAGAAAUCAAGAAUGGGCAUUAUGUACCAGACUUUCACUAUCAGAUCAGAAAUCUCAUGAUUUGGGGAGGAAUCAUGCACAUAAUAAAGAAAUUAGAGAAGAUUGCAUCGGGAUAGUUGGAUGGUGAUAGGAUAGCAUAAUUGGCUUAAUCUUAAUUCAAGGUUCAUUUGAUUGAGUUGUAUGAGUGCUACAUUUCCAGACCGAUAAUGGAGAGAUUAUACAUUAUAAAUAAGAAACAGUUCUCAGCUGAUAGUGCCAUAGUGAAAAUCUAGGCAACAGUGAGAAUGUUUGUUGCAUCUAGAAAGUACAGACAUCAAAAAAGGAUUGUUUAAAAGGUUAUUAGAAUUUAAAAGGAGUUCAGAUUAAAAUAGACAUAUGUUUAUACAAUCAAUUAAAUCAAGAAGAAUAUGGGAUAAUUAAUUAGUACAUUAAAAAAUAGAUAGUAGCAAUUCUUAUUGGAGGAUUUAAACUAAAAGAGAAUAGAAAUUCACAUUCCCUCGUAUUCCAUUAAAGAAUUCUAAAGAUUAUCCAUGAGUCAUUUCAAAAGUAGAGAAGGUUUGCAAUUGACAAGACUAUUUGCUUUGAAGGAUCCUAAUUUAAGUAUAAUAUUUGUGUGUUCACCUUUGCAAGAGGAAAUUAUGGCAUAUUUCUAUAAAUUAUUAGAAGUUGCAGGUAUAAACCCUGAAGGCAGAUUAUUCUUUAUUCAUCCAGAAAAUAUUAAUAGAUUCCCAUAACAUUACUCAUUGGCAUUGUUAUUAUACUUGUCUCCAAAAGCCAUUCAUUAAAUAUCCGAAUUGAUCAAAGGAUAGUUAUCGUACAUAGUGCCAAUGAGAGUGGGAAAAGAAGAGUUCUUGAUUGCUGAAUAUCUAAAAACAAAUAUAUAUUCUGGUCCAUAUGAGUUAAUAGAGAAAUACUCUAAAAAGUCUGAAGCGAUUGAACUGUUUCGAUAAUUAUCAUUUCCUGUGGCUCCAGAGUAUCAUAAAUUUGUUAGCAAAGACGAUUUUGUGGAUAAAUUAACUGUGUUGAUUAUGAAAAAUCUAACAGUAUAAAAAUGGAUGUUUAAAAUAGACAUUGAAUUUAAUGGAAGAGGAACAGCAUGGUUUAGUUUAGAAGGAGUAAAACAGUUUAUUGAAAUCAAAAAGUUUCCGCAUAGCAUUGAAUUUAAGGUGCUCAGAGAAUUAGUUUAAACUUUAUUGCCAAUAAAAACUGUACUCGCAUUUCCUUAGAUGUUCACUUUUGAGGAAUACUUGGACAAUUUUAUUAGAAAUGGUGGAAUAGUGGAGGCUUAUCCAAAUGCAUCGAAAGUGUAAACGAUAAACAUCUAAGUGAAUCUUGAGAAUUAGGGAACGUAUUAGAUAAUGAACACAUCUACAAGCAUCAUAAUAAAAGAAAUGUCUAAAGUGGGUUGCAUAUAUCCUUAGAAUGUGCUUAAUUUGAAUGUGGAUUCUCUAAUUUAACCAUUAGUUGAGGAACUAUAUAAACAGAACAUAUUUGGUUAUUUUACACUCUCUUUGUUAUCCUUUAAUGGAGCCUUCUAUACUAAAUCAUUGAAAUUCGGAUUGGACGAAUAUAUAGGGGCAACAGUAUUGGCAACAGCUAUGGACACUGAUCAGUUCACAUAUAUACCUUUUGUUUAUCAUCCAGGAAUAGCAGAAUAGAAAUUUAAUGAUUUAUUUAUAAAGUGUAGGAAGGAGGGAAUAUCCUUUGAUAUCGAGAAGAAGGUGGGAACAUUGAUAUGGCUAUCGGAUUAGAUCGAAAAAGGAGUGUUGUCAUUGUUAUGUUUGGGUGCACCUAAGAAGGCUGUAAAGUUGACUACGGAUGCUUUGAAUUUCCUGUAAUAAUUUGGUGGGAAUAUAAUGAAAACUAAUAGUCAUUAGAAACAGGACACAUUUUACUUUAUAGAUAUAGUUAGUAGAUUAAGAUAAUUAAAUAGUGAAGCUUAACAAUGA